UCUGAGCGGUAGAAUAUAACCGUCAUCAAAUUUCCAGUCAAACACUUAUAACAAACAACAUGGCUGAUAACGAGGAUCUUUUGGAUUACGAAGAUGAGGAACAGACUGAACAGACCACCACUGAAACCACGGGUGCAAUUGAACCCAAAAAGGGUGUCAAGGGUACUUAUGUGUCCAUCCACAGUUCUGGGUUCCGGGAUUUCUUGCUCAAGCCUGAGAUUCUGAGGGCCAUUUCUGAUUGUGGUUUUGAACAUCCUUCUGAAGUUCAACAUGAAUGCAUCCCUCAAGCUGUUCUUGGUAUGGACAUUCUCUGCCAGGCCAAGUCUGGUAUGGGAAAGACUGCUGUAUUCGUUCUCGCGACUUUGCAGCAGCUUGAGCCAACCGAAAACGUCGUUUACGUGUUGGUAAUGUGCCACACUCGUGAGCUGGCGUUCCAGAUCAGCAAGGAGUACGAGCGCUUCUCCAAGUACAUGCCCACUAUCAAGGUUGGCGUGUUCUUUGGUGGUCUCCCAAUUCAAAAGGAUGAAGAGGUGCUAAAGAGCAGCUGUCCACACAUCGUCGUCGGAACACCUGGCCGCAUUCUCGCCCUGGUUCGCUCCAAGAAGCUGAAUUUGAAGCAUCUUAAGCAUUUCAUUCUUGACGAAUGUGACAAAAUGUUGGAAUUGCUUGAUAUGCGACGCGACGUUCAAGAAAUAUACCGGAACACACCACAUGGCAAACAAGUUAUGAUGUUCAGCGCCACUCUCAGCAAAGACAUUCGGCCCG